AUGUCGACAUUAUGAACUUAGGAACACCUGAAAGAAAAGCCGAGAUAUCAAACAACUAUAACGAAGUUACAAAAUUUUGACUAUAAAUAGAUCACCACACAUAUGGAUAUGUAUAGAUCUCAAAAAAGUUUAAGAGCAAGCAAAGCAAAACAAAGAAAAAGAAAUGGCCAAGAACCUCAACUCCGUCACGUUCACCGUUCUCUUGCUUGUCCUCAUGGUGGCUUCCACUGAAAUCCUCAAGAUCGAGGCUGAUCAGAGAACCAAUAGUAGAUGUCUUCCGAGAGGAUGCAAGAAUCCAGUGUUCUCCGAGGAGUGUGGGCCGGAGCCGUUCACAGGUUCCAACAACGAUUGCUGUCACUGUUGUAUAGCCAAAUACGGGAGAAAAUCAGUCUGCAAAGGGGUUGUUGAGGGAUCCGCCAAACAUUGCCAUUGCUACAAAGAAAGCGUUUGAAAUAACCUCAUAUGGUACCAAGUUUCAAUUUUGUAUUCAUUCGGUGUGAGGACAUUACAUUGGUGUAUGUUUAUGUUCAUGUUUCUUUUGCUUCCAAAUAAUACAUCAAGGGCUAAGCUUAUCACUCCUUGCCCCCAAAUGUAAGCUCAUGUUGUGUGCACUUUUGUUUCAUU